CUCUUGAAUUCUUUACUAGCAUGGAUGCGGAUGGAAAUGGGAGUAUAAGUCAGGUGGGAUUCGCAAAAUUUUCUGGAUGAGAACCAUUACACGUAUGAUUCAGGGUUAUUCGGAGAACUUGAUACGGACGGAGACGGAGUUCUAGAUCAUUGGGAAGUUAUGGUCUUCUUCUACAUUGUUCAAACAAGAAAAGUAGAAUGUCGUGGGUGUGAAACCUUUAUUAGGGGCACAUAUUUCACUUGCACGGAUUGCAUCCUCAAAACAGAAAGAGGCUACGAUCUUUGCUGCACUUGUUACGGCAACCGGAAAUUCGAAGGCCACGGACCCUUCUUGGAUAAUUAUUCAAUUCUACCCUCAAUGCGAACAAUCAUCAAGCAGCAACGGGAAACCGGAUCCUUCCCCUCGCCGGACGCCGGCACAUCCGACGGCGGAUGGGUACGACAACAAAGCCAGACUCUAAUGCUGCAGCGGCAACAAGAAGUACGACAACAAGCCCUAGCUACGUACAACGGGCCCACGGGGCCGCCGUUCAACAUGCAGCAAUCAGAAGUAGGACAAGGACUCCAAGUUAACAACAUGCAAAUCAUCAACAGGGGUGACCAAAACUCGAAGUUUCGCAAAUAUCUGUCAAUGAUUGCAGAGGCCUCAUCUGUAGGAUCAUUGGCUACAACCAUAGCAGGCCUCAGCAGUGCUUGUAGCAUUAUGUGAUGUCCUGAACUUGAUGGUCACAUAAAAUAAAUCGCCAGCUCCAAGAUUGGGUGGCAUUUUGAUGUGGAAAUGUUUCGAAUGCUAUAUGCUAGAUCUUAUAGCAACAAGUAGGUUUGUCCCAUGCUAUUUCAGGGUUGGCCUGAGAUUGUGUUAUCUGGUGUUUCGUUCCUUUCUUUUUCUUUGGUCCUUUGGUUCUUACUUGUUGUUUUAGUUAUCAUACGUUUCAAUUUCUUGGACUGUUAUCCA